CCCCUCGAUACGUCCCGCCCCCUACUGCCUAGAGGCGACGUCGAUUGGCUGCGCCUACGCAGGGCGAGAUGUGGGGCUCCGCCGCGGAUUGGCCGGAGCUGCUUUCCGGAAGUGCCACUCUCUCUUCCUCCCCUUCUUAUUCCUCGGCCCCCCCCGCGCCGCUGAGGGACUUCUUUCGCCGCUGCCAUGAACCGACGGGCCUCGGUCAGCGACUGCCUGAGGGACUGGGAGGAGCUGCAGGACGGCUUCCAGCGCGUGCAGGUGCCGCCCCCCCACCUUCCCGGGGAGGGGAGGGCAGGAUAGGGGUGGGCAGGUGGCGGGAAGUGACAUAAUGGGGAGGGGCGUGACGUCACUUGUGCUGUGGGUGAGGUGGCGGGACCUGGCCCCCGGGGUGGGGGUGGGGGUUCUAGCUCGGCAUAAAAAAGAGAGGCGUUCUGGGCAUGUGCAGAGUGCCUCCCUCCUUUCUGUGUAGCAAGAGUGCCUCUGGGGAUGUGCUGAGUGACUUUGUGUGUUGAGUGCCUCUGGGCAUGUGCAGAAUGCCUCCCGUGUUUUAUGUAUAUCUGUGGGGCGAGAGCUCUUUGGGCAUAUGCAUAGUCACUGAGUUGACAGAGAGUGCCUCUGGGCAUGUCCAGAAUGCCUCCCCCUGUGUGUUUAUAGCAAAAUGUCUCUGGGGGGUGCUGAGUGACUGUGUGUGAUGAGUGCUUCUGGGCAUGUACAGAGUGCCUGUCCGUCUUGUGUGAAGAGGAAAGCAGCUUUGGGCAUAUCUGGAUUCCUUUGUCUCAUUUGGGACUUUAAAAAUAAGCAUAGGUUUGCAUCCUGCUUUUCCUCCAAUGUCUUUUGCCCACCCCAGUUUUAUCUUCACAUCUACCCUGAGGUAGGGUGUGCAGAAGAAGUGUGUUUGAUUGGUCCAGGGAAACCAAGUCAGCUUCAUGGCCAAGCGGGUCUCCUGAGUCCUUCUCUGAACCUUCUUAAUUACUAUGUCCAUGUGCAUGUGAAUGUGAAGAAAGUGCCCUUCCUUCUUUCUUUCCUCCCUCUGCUGUGUGUGAAAAGUAAGCAGCAUUUAUGAGCAUGUGUGGAGCGCUUUCCUAUCCCAUCCAUAACUUUGAAGAGGAGCACAUUCUUGGGCAUGUGCAGAGUGCUUUCUAAUUCUGCUCCCUCUGUGAGAUGGAGAGCUUCUGAGCAUGUCCACAGUGCAUUCCCUGGCAACACGGUUGAAGCUACCAAGGAGCACAUACAGAGUAUCCUUCUCCCCAGUAUUAAAUAAAAACAGUUGAACAAUAGGGCUUUUAAUCAGUGGCUGCUAGUCCUGAUGUUUAAACCUCAUUUCUAGUAUCAGAAGCAACAUGACUCUGAACACAAAAUUGCUGGGGGGCGGGGAGAGUUCUUAUAAGCUUUUCAGAGGCCUAAGAACCUAAGAAGAGCCUGGCGGCUGGAUCAGGCCAAUGGCCCACCUAAUCCAGCAUCCUGGCCAAGCAGUUUUCCCAUUGAGAAGCCUGCAAGCAGGAGCUGAGCACAACAGCCCUCUUCUCACUUGUGAUUGCCAGCAACCAGCAUUUAGAGGCAGGCUGCCUCAGAUGGUGGAGGUAAACCAUGGUUGUUGUUGUGGCUAGAAGCCUCAGAUCGCCUUUUCCUUCAUGAAAAUAUAGAGCCACUGUCAAAAACAAGAUGAUGGUCUUAAUAGGUAGACUGUGCUAGACAUAUUAUCCUAAUUAUUUAGUUUCAUCCCUCUUGGGACCCUUGAAGUAGCUCGGUUGUUUAUAAUCCAUCCAAACAAUCCUGCCUUACAGUGUCUGCUCAAAUGUUUUAUACAGCCAAAAAAAAAAUACGUCCUGCAGCAAGAACUGGGACAGAAUUUGUAAACGAUGCUGUACUGUAUUGCAACAUGAUAGCAUCUUCUGUGUUUUUUUGGAGAUGUACAUAAGUUUGCGAAAGAGUGGAUCAUGCCAUUUCUAAGAUAGGGCUAUCCACCAGCAAUUCAGAACAUAAGGGCAUAAUGGAUCUUCUAGAUUCCUUCUCUAGAAAGCCAUCUGGCUAGUGGCCAUCUUUGUGUGCCCUGUGAGUUAAUGACUGAGGAGUGUGGCAUUAAAGUCAUUUUACGUGCUCACCACAGAGAUGCAAGUGAUCUCUGGAUCACCCUGGAAUCUGGAAUAAUUAGGACACACCAUUUUAAUGAUCACACUGAAACUUAAAUAAUGGCAGAGUUCAUUGCUCUGCCUUUCUGAUGUACAUUUGCCUCAGAUGAAAGUUUAUUCUUCUCUCUUGCAAAAUGCAGCAGAUUAAGCAAUGCCCCCCCUUUUCCUCGAACCAAGAGGCUCAGUUGCGACAACUCCCUUUCCCCCUUCCUACGCAUGCAAGAGGAGGCGAUUAGAAGCUUCCAUUUUGUUCCACUCUCAAGUAGAGGCUUUGUUGCCUUUGGGGACUUUCGGACAGAAAGGGUAGAUAGAAAGAAACGUGUUACGUACAACCAACUUUGGAUGGGAAAGCAGCAAGCCUGAGUAUAUAGAUUAUAAGUGGGUAAUGCAAGCAAACACCUUUGCAAACACUACCAAAAAUUUCCUGGGAGUAAGCCCAUUGCAAAUGAGCCUCCUUGUCCUUCUUUUUGGCUGUUUAAGGCAGCCUUUGCCAACCAGGCGCCCCCUUCCCCAACCUUUUGGAUUCCAACUGUGCCGUUGUUGGGGUUGGGAGCAGCGGUGCCCAAAUCCCGACCUAGGAUGUCAGCUUUCAAAGCUGGGCUUGGGGAUGCCCUUUGAGGGAGGCUGGAACUGGGACAAGAGCUUCAGCUGGAGGUGCUGCUAGGACAGGUGGCUGAUCUCCAGGUAUUUAUACCAGGGUGACUCAGAAGCUUUGUGCUGCUUCCUGAUCACAGGGGCCAACACUGUGCAGCCCCUGCUGUGUCCGAGACCCUCACAUGGCCCCUCACUGUGCUCAAUCCCACCCUUGGGCUGAGAGAGUCUCCAAUGUCAAAGUGUGUGUGCAUGUGUUGGCCUGAGUGGUUAACUGGUAAUAAUAGUAAUAAUAAUAAUACCCUGCUGGGUGGCUCCCAGCAGAACAUCAGACAUUAAAAACUUCCCUAAACAGGUUGUCUCCUAAGUCCUGACUCAUUCAAGAGAAGAGAGAAGAGCCUGUGUGGUGUAGCGGUUAGAGUUUCGGCACCAGGGUUCAAGUCCCCACUCAGCCACUAAGCUCAAUGGGUGUCCUUGGGAGUGGCAGUCUCUGCCACUCAGCCCUAACCGACCUCACAGGAUUGUUGUGGGGAUUAAGUGAGGAGCAGAGAACCAUGAACACCACCUUGAGUGCCUUGGAGGAAAAAGUGGGAUGUAAAUGCGAUAAAUGAUAAAAUACAUUGGAAUGAGGGUGAUGUAAUAAUGAAACCUCCCUUCCCCUUAAAGAGGUUUUAGGCUGCAGCCUCAGUUGACACCCUUUCCCCCCCUUUCUCUCCUUUCUGGCCAGGAGACUCACAGGCUGUACAAGCAGAAGCUGGAGGAGCUGACCAAACUCCAAGAUGGGAUUUCCAGCUCCAUCAGCCGGCAGAAGAAGCAGCUGAAGGAGCUCUCUCUGGCCCUCAAAAAGUAGGUUGAGGGCAACUGCGGUGGCAGCACCUGCUUCCCUGGGGGAGGUUGCUGUGGGUCAAUUUGUUGUUGUUUUUUUAAAAAGAUAUUUAUUAGAGGUUUAAUAGUUACAGAAAAAAGAAGAAAAAAGACAGAAAGAAUAAAAAGUUAAACAAAACAAAACAAUACCUUACAAUACAUCAGAAAUAAAAAGAAAAACAAAAAACAAUACAGCAAAACAACGAAAAACCCAAAAACAUUUAAAAACACAUCCAAUAUUUCCGUAUCUUUAUCUUUCAUUUACUUGUUUCAUUGACCUCCUCACACCUCCCUUUUUUGUAUUCUGGUUCAAUUAACUAAUUCAGCAAAUCCUUUCCAUCUUUCUCAAUUUUUGUUCUAUAAUUUAUCUUAACACAAUCUAACCUUAAAUUUUCCAUUUUGACCCAUUAACAAUCUAUUUUUACUUAAUUCUUUAUAACAUUUCUGCUAAAGCCAUAUAGCUUCAUUCCAGCAUCCGUCUAGCAUUCAUUAAUUUUGCAAUAUUUCUGUAAAUAUACUUUGAAUUUUUUCCAAUCUUCUUCCACCGACUCUUCUCCCUGGUCUCGGAUUCUGCCAGUCAUUUCCGCCAAUUCCAUGUAGUCCAUCAGCUUCAUCUGCCAUUCUUCCCGGGUGGGUAGGUCUUGUGUCUUCCAAUGCUGUGGGUCAAUUUGUGGCUUAGCUACUGGAGCCUGAGCAUUGCUGAGUCAAGUAUCGCUUGAGCAAUGUGGGUUUAGCAACCAGGUGGGCAGGGACUGUCAUCUAGUCCUGCAGCUCGCAACCUUUUGGGUAUGUCGACUCACAAGUCCAAAUUUAUUUGGUAUGGUGACCCGUCAGUUGUUUAUUGCCACGAGUGUCAACAAAGCAAGAUUAUAGGCCAACAAAACAAAAAGGUGUAGGAGGAGGUAUUCAUCAUACCAGUUAAGGAUUGCAAGCAACAAUUAUAUUCUUUUUAUAAAUGACCAUUGCUAACAACCCCACAGUGCAAAAGCAGGGUACAGUAUUCUGUCACAGCACAGACAAAGCAAGCAAACAGUAAUAAGAGAAAGAAGUGGUAACAUACCAGCAAGAAUCAAGGUAUCCAUUUUUCCUGAACUGGCACGGAGGGUGAAUGUUGGGCAUCUAAGCCUGAAGCGUAAGAAAUAAAUUCUCACAUUCUGAGUUCUCCAUCCCUCUAGCGACAUGUGAUUUAUGUGUUAUUUCUUCCACAACAGCCAAAGUCCAUAAGUUCUUACACUGCAAAGAAAAAUGCCGAUUUUUCAAGGUUUUCCCUUUCUGGGCUACUGAAAUUGUAGUUAACUGCCCUUCUAGCUCAUCAUCAGAUGGACAUGGGGACUUAAAUCCACCACCAUCACUGAAAAUCUUAGCCAUCUAUUAUCCAGUAUUUAAGAUUUCAACACCACAAGGUCUGGAAGCUUUCAUUAACAGAAGAGCGAAUUAAUCAACUAGGUUAACUGGGUGAUUAAAUCAAGAGCACCUUUCCAAGCAAUUAGGCCAUGUGUCAUUUACAAUAUAUACAGUUUUAAUGCAAGUACAAAGAUCUGGAGAUCUUAGGAGAGGCCUUCAUCCCAUGUGUGAGAGAAGGGAAAGUGCUUUUUAUACCAUGGUGAUUGAUGAGACACAUGGAGAAAUAUCCCUUUGAAAAAGCACAUGUUUUCAGAACUAUUGUGUCUUUUUGCAUGCAAAAAUUUUCCAGGCUUCAUGAACGUAGAUCAGGGGUGCCCAAAGGAUGUGAGGGCGAUCUGGCUGCGACAUCUGUCACCCCAUUGAUCGCCAGGGUUGAUUCGGCUGAUCUGGCUGGCUAGGCGGGUGUCCCCUUCCUCCCUCACCGCUCCAUGUGCGUCCCUCCCGAAGCUGCGCGCUCGGUGGAAGAGGACGACCAUCCCAGAUAGAAGGAGUGUACCAUUCUUCGGUCAAGGGUAUACGAUAGCUGCGCUCCCCUGCUAGAACCUCCAAACAAACCUUUUUCAAAGAAUGCCAGAUUUGAUGAAGUGAACAUACGUGAGGGCCAGCCAAAGUUGUUGAGAGCUUUUUUUAGGAUUUUACCCCACAAUAUAUAUUGCCACAGGGGCUGCAUUAAAGCGACCGGUGCGCCAGAUUAGGCCCCCAAAAUGGACUUCAGGCAUGCCUGACAUAGAUGGAUCUCUUUCUUGGUCGGCAGCCAAAUCCUAAAUUAACUAUUACAAUAAACUAUUGUAUAUUCUGACAUUAGAGGGACUGAUAGAUGGGGUGUUUCAUCUCCUGUUCUGCCUGACCCUCUUUAAAUAAUAGGAUAGCAGCUCCACUUGGCUUCCAGCUACGCUGCAAGAGCCUUCAAGAUGUGGCUGUCCACUCUCCCCAGUGAGGUCUUUGGCACAAGGCGUUUGACGGAUGAUUAUUUUGCUGUUUGUGGUGUGUUUCUGCUGCUGUUUCAUUGUGCUUUGGAUGGUUGCAUGACUUCUCUUGUGCUGUUUUGCCCAGGUGCAAGUGCUCUCUUGCCGACAACAAUGAGGAGGAACCGAAGGAGUCCUUCCAGGAGCUCCAGAGCAUGAUCAAAGAGCGGCAGGAUGUCUUCUUUGAAAUGGAGGCCUACUUGCCCAAGAAGAAUGGGUAAGGGCCCACGCCCUCUAUUUAUAAGAGCAUCAGAACUCUGCUGUUCAACCAAUGAAUGCUUCCAGAGCGGUUGCAUACAAUCAAGCUGUAGCACACAAGGAAAAUGGCACAGAGAGGGAAGAGGGGGAAGCAAAACUCAGCUGCCGGUUCUUUCCAAGUUAAAUAGUACUUAUAAUGAAUGGAGGUUAGCUCUGGAAGUCCAGCAGCUGGGAGGUUAAUGGGACUCUGAUGGCUCCCACCCAACACCCUUUUUCUCCAAAGUGGCCCACCAGAUGUCUCUGAGGGAACUCACUUGAAAGUAGCCUUUCAGCCUAGUUGGUUGGCUGGUUCUGAGUUUUUUAUAUUCUAAGGGAGACUUCCUUUAGAAAGAGAGGCUCCAUUUUAGCCAUUUGCAGCUAACUGCUGUCAAGAGAACAGGAAGAUGUUCCUCCUAGUGUGGUCCUACAUCAGGGGGUGGGGAACCCUCCAGGUGCUAUUGGACUACAGUUCCCAUCAGCCUCGGUGAGUGGUUGGGGACAACGGGGGUCCCAAAUCUGGAGGGCUCCCAAAUCCCUCAGUCCUGUCCUAAUUAUCCAGUGUUUGUAAUAAGCGCACACACCCUUUUACAAUUCUGCAUUUGACUGUUUUCAUAGCUUAACAUUUCAUACCCUAAACACAAGCAGGCCUGAGAAUUCAUGCAGGAGAAGGCUGUCAAUGGCUCUGCUCUGCCUUCACAGUCAGAGGCGGUAAUGCUUCUGAAGACCAGCUGCUGGAAACCACAGGAGGGAGGAGAGUUCUCUUGUGCUUGUAUCCUUGCGGGUUUCCUGCAGGCAUUUGGUUGGCCACUGUGAGAACAAAAUGCUGGGCUAGAUGGGCUACUGGCCUGAUCCAGCAUUGCUCUUCUUAAGCUCUUAGGACUUUUUCAUUACUCUUGUGCAACAUAGCAGACUGCCCUGCAGUCUGAGAUGUUGAGUGCACUUGGCGUGUGGGAGCAGUUUGGCUUGGGGGCAUGUGUUGCAGAGGUGUAUUUAAUUAUCUCCUCUUUCUGUUGUGAUCCAGGUUGUACCUGAGUCUCGUGCUGGGGAACGUGAAUGUCACUCUGCUCAGCAAGCAGGCAAAGUAAAUGCUGAUCUCCUAACGCUUUGCUUCAUUGCUUGCCUUGUGGUUUGCACUCAUAUGAGCUAUGAACUUGUUUUUUGGGCGGGUUUGUUUGUUUUGUUGAAGGCUGAGGUUCUUGGAAUGCCUGGUGCCAUGCUCAUUACCCAGUGCUGCUUCCUUUCUUCCACCUGACAGUUGGAUGGAACUGCAGAAUGCUUGCAAUCGGGGCUACAGGAAAUGUUUGUAGCUGAAGGAGAAUUUGGAGACUGGAGUGGGUGGGGGCCAAGAGAUGGGACGGUCAGCUAGAAUUCUGCACCAGCAGAAGCUGAAUUCUGUGGUCUGCAUUAAUUAUGCAAAUAAGCAAAUGCUUACAUGAUUUCUCAUUUUGCAUGCUUCUGUCAUAUGUUACUAUUUUGCAUAACUUCUGGUGUUGCUACUUAUAAGAGGGGCACACACGUUGAAACCCACCAUCACUGAAAAUCUUAGCCAUCCAUUAUUCAAGAUUUAAGAUUUCAACAGGCCUUGCUCACCUGCGUUCCAGUGUGUUUUGCCACCAUGAGGACUAAAAGCUUCAUUAAUAUAAUAGCUACAAUGUUUAGCUGAUUAAUCAAUCAGCAUAACUGGGUGAUUAAAUCAAGAGCACCUUUCCACAGAGUUAGAGAAGGGAAAGUGAGGUAGUGAUUGAUGAGACACAUGGAGAAAUGUCCUUUUGAAAAAGCACAUGUUUUCACAACUAUUGUGUAUUCUUGUAUGCAGAAUUUUUCCAAGCUUCAUGAACGUAGAUGAAUCUCAUUAUUUGUCCACAGCCAAGUCCUGAAUUCAGUUGCUUGCAAAGUCCUGCAACUGAGAGAGUUCACUGAGUUCUGAAGCCUGGCAAUUUUCCAGCUUCUUCUUCAGUCUCAAAUCUCUUUCACUCGAAUCUGCAGUGGCAACAGAUAGCCUUCAACAAUUCUUGCAGUUCCUGAAAUCUCCUACCAUAACCCAGACAGUUUGCUGUAACCUGAGCCCUUUUAUACACAAAGUUAUUUGCCAGAUCUGCCCAGUAACACAGAUAAGUCACAGGAUGCCUGCAGGUGCAUUGUGGGGACUGAAGCAUCUCUACUGACUCAUGGAGAAUUAACCCAGUAACUGCAUUCCUCAGCGUACCUGGAGAAAGGCAUCUUCCAUGAUCUUAAUGCCUAGGCAGGUUCGUUUCGGGGUUGGCCAAGCCUGGGCCCCAAGCCACAAAGAAAAGCUUAGGCUGAGCCCUGGAAGCUGGGUGCUGGGCAAAGUCCAUUCACUGCUCUGCCUCCCUGUUCUAGGUUCAGGUACAAGGAUGAGUAUGAGAAGUUCAAGCUGUACCUCACCAUCAUCCUGCUUAUAAUCUCCUUCACCUGCCGGUUCCUGCUUAACUCCAGGUGAGUCUGCGGCAGCCUUGGAUUGGGACCACACCGCUAAAAGUGAGCCAUCAUUCCUGUUUUUCCCCCUGAAAAGUUUAUUAGAUUUUCCAUAAUUAUAACAAAUAUCACAUAACAAAAUGACACACGAAAACAAAAACAAGAAAAACAAAAACAAAAAAUACAUCAAAGAGAAAACAAUAAACAAAUAAACAAUAAAAACAAACUUAAUUCUUUAAAAAUCCAGCCUUAUAAACCUCUUAAUUGACUUCCUCCAGUCCCUCCCUUCUGAGUUUCCUUGUAAAUGAAUGUAACAGCUUUCCAAUAUCAUUAUUAAACUAAAAUAUCUCCAAUUAUAAUUCAACUUAUUCACUUUUCUUAGUAUUUAAGUCCUAUUUAUUUAAUUAUAUCCUAAUUUAAUCCUAGGCCUAUUUGGUACUUUCAAGUAGUUUCUAAUUUUUUAUAUUACAAUAUUUAUUCAAAUAGUCUUUAAAUUUCCUCCAAUCUUCUAAAAGUGAGCCAUCAUUCCUAUCCCUGCUCGCUUGAAUGACAUCCCUCUGAAGCAGUGGUUUUUCUUUCUUCCUUAGAGCAUUUGCACCUUGCUCUUUGGCCCCAAAGGCUUCCGGAAAGCCUUAUGUACAAUCAGUUAUAAACAGGAAAGUCCCUGCUUGCAGGCUUACCGUCUAGAAACACCACCACCACACAAGGAAAAACAGGGGGAGGGGGCAGAAAUCAAUCUGAGGAACCCAUUCUUAGAGAGUUGUUCUCAUAAAGACCAGCCAGCACCAUUCAGGAUUGGGCAGUGCCUGAUGGAGCUGGUCUUUCUGCAAAGCUGAUGGAGCGAAUUCUGCUACUGCCCAUCUCUCCCACUGAUGCAGCCUGAUGGGCUGGCCGUCCCCAGGCACCAGUUGAGGGGAGAAGAGGCCUGAUAGUGCCAGCCUGUCGCAGCAGAGCCGACGGAGGGAGCUGCCCAUCUCUCCACUGAGGACUGUCUGAUGGACUGGCUGUAACAACCCGAGGUUGUUAAAGGUUGCAGGGUUCCUUGCAGGCAAAAGAAGGAAGACCACUAUGAACCCCUUCUCUUCCAUCAGGCACAGUAACCCUUUCCCUCUCUCUCCGCUUGCCGCAGGGUGACGGAUGCCGUCUUCAAUUUCCUCCUGGUCUGGUACUACUGCACCCUCACCAUCCGCGAGAGCAUCCUGAUCAACAACGGGUCCAAGUAAGUUGUCCAGACCCACUGAAAGCUCUGGAGGCAGAGCUGGUAAGAUGAUGAGCCAGGGCGGUGUCCUCUGACCGGCUGAGCUUUCCAAGGCCUUCUCCAAGUCUUGCUUCUUGAGAUCAACCUUAACUGGCAGUGCCGGGAGCGGAACUAGGGACUCUUGUGCUUACAGAGAUGGUGGUAGGAUAAGAAGCUGCCAGUGGUCCAUCUGGCACAGCUGUGCCUGCAGUGAUUGGCAGCAGAAGCCAUUCCUAGACCUUCUGUCUGACCCCUAACUAGAAGGGCUGCAAGAUGGAGCCUGGGAUCUUUUCCAUGGCCUCUCCUCGUACAGCUAUAUAUUUUGGAUAGUUGCUUCUUUGCUAUGCAUUUGGGCACCUCUUAAGAGAUGCCCAUUCAUCACGAUAGUUCCUGAGAUCAAUGAGAAGAUAUCCUUCCAUGAUUGGAUGCCAUUUUGAAUCAAGAUAGCAGACUGAAGCUUUCAAAACUGCAUUGAGUUUAACCACUGGUUUCAAAAUGGCACUGAUUUUUUAUUUUUUGGUCACUUAGCAUGCACAAACAAUGCCAGGCUGUUAGCAUUAAUAUAAAUAUUAACAGCCUGGUUGUUUGCCUAUCUCCUCUAGGACCCUUUGUGACUCACACUGAUAGGCAUGUUUGGGCAGGCUGACAUUUCAAAGACAGCACCUGCACGUUUUGCCCCUUAACUUUUCCUACAAGGCCUGGAGAUUUCCUUUUUUAAGAAAAAAGAAAGAAAAUGAAAGCUGAGAGUCUGGCGCACGGGCACCUGCUUGGUCACCUCUGAGCCAAGGUGUUGCAGGUUGCCACUGUUGCAUCUGGCGGCUUGAUAGCCCUCCUUGGAGCCACGUUGCAGCUGCCUGUUGAUGUUCCCUCGUCAUCUUGAGGAGGAACUCCCAAGCAAGUGUGCUGAGCUGCAGGGCUUAAAGUUAACACUCUAACAAAAGCCCCUCCCCCCAAUCCCUUGUGUUUCCCCAGAAUUAAAGGCUGGUGGGUUUUCCAUCACUACAUCUCUACCUUCCUCUCCGGCGUCAUGCUGACUUGGUGAGUCCUCAGCUAAGCAUCCUCUCUGUUGCCAUUAUAUGAUGUCCUGGUGGCCAUCAGUGGUCCCCUGUGGCUCAGAGGCCCAGCUCACAUUCACCUGGAUUUCUGCAUACAGUACUGGGGGCCUAACUCUGCAGAACUCCCUCUUGGCUGAGAUCAAGCUGGCUGGCCCCCUUCAUUUUAUUUGUUGCACUAAUAUCCCACCUGUUCCUCAAAAGAGUUCAGGUUGGCGUGCAUCUUUCGCCCCAUCUCAGUUAAUCCUCUCAACAGCCCUGUGAGGUGGGUUAGGCUGAGAGGUGGUGACUGGCCCAAGGUCACAACUAGUGAGCUUUGCGGCUAAGCAGGGAUUUGAACCCUGGUUCAACACUCUAACCACGACAUCACACAGGUUCUCAAGGUGUUGUUUUUUUCAGUAGUCAUUUUAAAUAAACAUUUUCUGAUUUUUGUAGUUAACUGACUUCGUCUUCUGCAAGGUUUCCUGUAACCUUGUGGGAUGCUGCUUAGAAACCAUGGCAUUAAGUAGCGUAUAAAUUUUCCCAAUAAAUAAGUACAGUGGUACCUCAGGUUACAUACGCUUCAGGUUACCGUAUUUUUCGCUCCAUAGGAUGCACUUUUUCCCCUCCAAAAAUGAAGGGGAAAUGUGUGUGCGUCCUAUGGAGCGAAUGCAGGCUUUCGCUGAAGCCUGGAGAGCGAGAGGCAUCGGUGCGCACCGACCCCUCUCGCUCUCCAGGCUUCAGGAAGCUAUCCGCAAGCCUUGCAAGCCGGGUGGGAGUUCCCGCGGGCUCACAAGGCUUGCAGGCAGCAGCCUGCAGCCCCGGCGAGUGUCCGCAAGCCUUGCGCGCCUGGCAGGAGGUCCCGCCGAGCGCGCGAGGCUUGGGGCAGCAGCCUGUCGCCCGAAGCACGGGAGCCCUCCGGAGGGCUCCCCGUGCCACGGGCGAGUGUCUGCAAGCCUUGCGCGCCCGGCAGGAGGCCCCGCCGAGCGCGCAAGGCUUGGGGCUGCAGCCUGUCGCCCGAAGCACGGGAGCCCUCCGGAGGGCUCCCGUGCUUCGGGCGAGUGUCUGCAAGCCUUGCGCGCCCGGCAGGAGGUCCCGCCGAGCGCGCAAGGCUUGGGGCUGCAGCCUGUCGCCCGAAGCACGGGAGCCCUCCGGAGGGCUCCCCGUGCUUCGGGCGAGUGUCUGCAAGCCUCCCGCGCCCGGUGGGAGGUCCCGCCGAGCGCUCGAGGCUUGGGGCGGCAGCCGCGGCGGGGGGGGGGGAAUAAUUUUUUUUAUUCAUUUCCCCCCCCAAAAAACGAGGUGCGUCCUAUGGGCCGGUGCGUCCUAUAGAACGAAAAAUACGGUACAUGCGCUUCAGGUUACAGACUCCGCUAACCCAGAAAUAGUACCUCGGGUUAAGAACUUUGCUUCAGGAUGAGAACAGAAAUCGGGCUCCUGCGGCGCAGCAGGAGGCCCCAUUAGCUAAAGUGGUGCUUCAGGUUAAGAACAGUUUCAGGUUAAGUACGGACCUCCGGAACGAAUUAAGUACUUAACCUGAGGUACCACUGUAAUAGCAUAGGAAGCCAACUUUUACAGAGUCGGACCCUUGGAGAUUUCAGUGAUUGAAUCUGGGACCUUUUUGUAUUCAAAGCACAAGAUCUAUGGCUCAGCUACAAACUUUCCCCUGUGCCGAGAAAAUGUAGGUUUGUGCUGUAUAUUUCAAGACUGUGUGUCUCUGUGAAUGUAUGGUUACACUGUACAGCUCAGUGCGCUCCCCUAGUUAAAGCCAUCACUGGUGGUGGAAGUGAUCAUAUCCUGCUUCAGUGAGUUCCCUCGGUUAAACAUGUGCAUAGGAAGUUUGCCUAGCCCAGCAUUGUUGGAGGAAGCUCUCUUGAACCUUCUUUGAAGCUUUCAUCUGCUGUGCCCGUUCUUCAUUUUCCUGUUGACUUGUUUUGCUGCAAGCAUUGCCAUUAAAUGGAAUCAGGGAGCAAUUUUGGCCCAGCAGGCCAGAACUUUAUCUGAAUCCCACCACACCAGCUAAUUUUUACAAGUGGGUAGGACCGCCCUGCCUGCCAAUCAUCUGAUGUUAGGACAUCAGAUGAUUGACAGGUGUGUGGUGCUGCCCCCCUGUCAAAGUUGCCUGUGGGACGGGUGAGGAGAUAGCAACCAGGUAGGAUUGAACUCUCCAUGCAUCAGCUCCUGCACUUCGGAACUCCCUGCCUGUUGACACCAGUCAGGCACCUUCCCUGUGCUCUUUUCGGCUCCUGCUAAAAACAUUUAUGUUCUGGCAAACCUGUCCAGAUAUGUAGAAUCUUUACAUGUGUUUUAAUCUGGGGGGUUCUUAGAUCAUCACUGAUUUUAAUUCUUAUCUGAAUGUUUUGCAUAGCUGUUUUUUUUACUGAUUUUUCUAUUCCUUUUUUGAAAAUCACUCUGUGUUUUCUUUAAUAAUCAUAGACUCAGAGAACUGCAGAGUUGGAAGUAACGCACAGGGUAAUCUCGUCCAACCCCCUUCAAUGGCGUUGAAGCCUUAGAUGGCGUUUUCCACCCACUUUGGGCUGCAUUCCCAAGCAACUCGACUCCGAGAAGGCCUGGUCUCGGUGCGCUGGAGGGCUCUACUGACCUCGCAGCGCUCCUUCCAGCUCUAUGGUUCUAUGAGUCUAUGACUGUUAGAGAAAACCACAAAGUGAUUUUCAAAAAAGGAUAAAAACAAACAAACAAAAAACCCCAUCAAAGUGUUAUAUAAAUUGUAUGAAAUGAAUACCUGCUCCACAACGGGAGCAGGUUGUCACAGUUUGGGGGCCCAAUUUGGCCCAUGGGAUGGAGGGUCCCCACCCUGUGCUAGGAGAACGGGUUAUACAUUUCUAAAUGAGCAUACUUUUUCUUUUCUCAUUUUCUCUCCCCCCACCCUCCACCUGAUCCCACUUUCUUGGUGUCCUUGCAGGCCAGACGGUCUCAUGUACCAGAAGUUCAGAAAUCAGUUUCUCACCUUCUCCAUGUAUCAAAGUAAGUGAAGCUGCCCACAAGGAAGCAGGAAGGUCAGCUGAGCACCCUUGAGCCUCAAAACCAUGUGGGUGGGGCAGCGUGCUCAAUUAGCCAAGCACGUUUUCAGAAGUGGGCUACGUGAACUAAUUUCAGUAGUGCUCAUUUCAGUAAUUCCAUUCUUGAGUAGGAUACAGGCCUCCAGUUCCACAACAUGAGCUUGCGAGCAGAAUUGUCCGGGUGAGACUAGCAAAACUUCCAGAUUUCCUUGUUGAGAAAGAAAGGGGUUUGUUGGAUGGAAUGGGAAGGGAGGUGUGAGGAAGCCUUUUAUAGCCCUGGUGGGCCAAACUCCAUUCUAGGUAGUCUUCUGAGCAUAGCUGUCAACGUUUCCCUUUUUUAAAGGGAAGUUUCCUUAUUCUGAAUAGGAUUCCUCACAAGAAAAGGGAAAAGUUGACAGCUAUGCUUCUGAGGGCCACCUGACAGCCGUGGGCAGGGUCAGAGGCAAUUGAGCGGAGCAGAUGAUGUAAAUUUUACCUUCCUACAUUUGACUGGUUUCUACACACACCUCUCUACCUGUAAGAUAGGUUAGGCUGAGAGGCUGAGACCAGCCCAAGGUCUCACCCAGUGAGCUUCACAGCUGAGUGGGGAUUUGAACCCUGGUCUUUCCUAGGCCCUAGUUCAACACUAACCACUACACCAUGCUGCCUCUUUAUGAUUCAAACUUUUGUCCCAUUUCUUAGCAAGCAAAAAAGUCUGUUUAAAAAAACAAAGCUCAAAUUCCCAGGACCCUCUUGAAAAAUAGGGAGUUGGAAGGGACCCAACAGAUUAUGAUUUUUAAACCUCUGAUGCUCUGAAAGCCUUUGCAACGUCUGAGAAGCCAGGUUUUGGAAUUGGCCUUCCAAGCCGCCCGCGACAGUGACCUAUCUCACCACCUCCUUCCGACAGGCUUUGUCCAGUUCCUCCAGUAUUAUUACCAGAGCGGUUGCCUGUACCGGCUGAGAGCCCUGGGUGAGCGGCACACCAUGGACCUCACAGUGGGUAAGUGGCGUCUCUUGCUUUGGCCUCCUCUCCUCUUGCUGAGGAGGCAAGCCUCUCCAGGCCUAGGAGAAGCCCAAGCUUAGGAGAGGCAAGCUUGUGACCCUUCAAGCUGUUGGACUCUGCAUUCCCCAUCGCCACUGCUUAAGACUCCUGCCACAAGGUGUAGUGCAAGAGAUGCAGCUAGUUUCACUUCUCUGACACAUAUCUUCUUCUUUUUUUCUCCUGCCACCUGCAGAGGGCUUCCAGUCCUGGAUGUGGAGAGGCCUCACCUUCCUGCUCCCAUUCCUCUUCUUUGGCCAGGUAAGUGUGCCGUGGCAUUUUGGGGGAGGGCAUCUAGGAAUGGUGGGAUGUCAGGGACUGGACUGAGGGAGAUGAGACUGAGGAGGAAUGGUGGAGAAGCGCCCCCCUCCUCCUGAACUUCCCAGAGGAGAGGAAGGCAGUAAGUACAGUGGUACCUCGGAAGUCGAACGGAAUCCGUUCUGGAAGUCUGUUCCACUUCCAAAACGUUUGGAAACCAAAGUGCGGCUUCUGAUUGGCUUGUGAAAAAGAUUGACUUUGUUCUUAUUUAUUAAAUUUAUAUGCCACCCUUCAUCAGAAGCCCACAGGGCGUUUUUACAGUGUACACCGCAAAUAACAUAAUGUCAUAUUGAUGCAACAUAAAAGAAUAAAAUUAUUAUAAGGAGUGCAUAGCACGAUGCAGAUUCUCCUAACAACAUAAAAAGGAGAGAAAAUCAGCAACACGGUAUCUCAACUGCAAAGGCAGCACACAAAUACAGAAGCUUCUCUGAAAGAAAGCGACCCAUAUCUCCCCUUUUCCUUUCCCCAUCUCUCACCCUGGGAGAUCUUCAGUCCCCUGCCUCUCACUCGGGGUCCUUCCACCAACCACCUGUCACUUUCAUGUGGCGUGGAAACUGUGGCGUAUUAUGUAUUUACUUGCUAUGUUUACACCCCACCUUCCCCCCCAAGGAGCUUAAGGUGGUUGUGCAUGUGGGUCUCCUCCCUCUCCAUUUCGUCCUCACAACAACCCUGUGAGGUAGGUUAGGCUGAGAGAGGCAGCGACUGGCCCAAAGCCACCCAGUGAGCUUCGUGGCCGAGUUGGGAUUUGAACCCUGGUCUCCCCAUCCCUAAAGUCCAGCACUCUAACCACUGGUCCACACUGGCUUGUGUAACACGUUGCAAAUAAAAUGUCUGUUCUCCCUUCUCUUUCCCCGACACCUCUAGUUCUGGCAGCUUUACAAUGCCCUUACCCUCUUCCAACUGGCCAGGCACCCAGAAUGCAAAGAGUGGCAGGUAAGAGCUCCUUGGGGCAGAGAGCUACUUUUCCCUCUUUUGUUUUAACCCUGUGAAACCUUCAGAGGAAACUUCCAUAUAUGCAGCAUCAGGCUAUUGGCCCAGCUAGGGUAGGAUUGUCAACACUGACCCUCCUGAGGGCAGAAAGCCCUUCUCUUUUCUAUCUCAAGGCCUGGUCCCCAUUUUGAAGGCUGCUUCGGGGGGAAGAGCUGGGGAACCUCUGGGUGGAGCCGUCAUUUCCAACACCAGCCUCCCAUAACUCCUUUCCCCCUUCCGUGCGAGGGGCAGGGUGUGUGAUUUUGGUUGCCGCUGUGUGAACCAGCCGUGGGCUUCUCUGCAGGCCAGGUGCAACUUAUAGAUCCUAUUCAAAAAGAAAACUAGCAAAUUGGAAGUAGGAGCUUUCUUACUCCAACAGACUUUUGGGAACUGAUUGCUUUUUAUGAAAGGGCUGGUGCUGUGCUGUUUUUAUUGUAAUUAUGUGUAUGGUUUUUAAUAGAUCUUAAACUUUUGAAUUCUGUUAGUGGUUUUUUUUAAAAAAAAACUAUUUUUAAAAGCGUCUUUAGCUGUACUUAUUUUAUUUGUAAGCUGCUUUGCAUCCCUGUCAAGGAAAAAGGCAGGAUAUAAAUAAAUUUAUGAUGGGAUAGAUGGUAAUGCAGUUUGGCUAAAUUAAACUUUAGCUGUGAUUCCUGCAUUGCAGAGGGUUGAACUAGAUGACCGCUGCCGUCCCUUCCAACUCUACAGUUCUAUGAUUCUAUAAAUGUCCUGCUUUCACUGGUGGGGGGGACGGACCUUGAGCCAAAAGGCAAGUAAGAUGGGGGGGGGGGAUACACAACUUGCUGGAGCUCUGGAAGCAGCAUGUAAAAUGAGGGGGGAAAUAGAGGUUCUUUUGAACAGCUCUUGGAACAAGUUCAAAGAAAUGAGAUUCAUUGUGCCACACUCUGGUCCUUGACCACAAUAAAUCGAUUCAUUCAUCGUGUUGGGUCUGUGACAGCUUCUUUCUUCGGAUGGGGACAGGAUGUCCACUCAUCUCCAAGAACUACCAUCUGGGAGAACUGCUGGGGUGACCCCCCUGCCAUCUCCCCCACCCUCCUGGCAGGGCAAAGUCUCACCAAGUCUUAAAUUCCUCCGGCAGGUGCUGAUGUGCGGCCUCCCUUCUUUGUCCUCUUCACCGGCAACUUCUUCACCACCCUGCGUGUUGUUCACCAGAAAUUCCAGGACAAGGCCAAGGUGGAGUAAAGGGGGUGGGGCUUGCGGGGCCUGUCCCACCCCACUCUCCUUGUCCUCUCCCCCCACCUUCACCCCCGCCAACAAAACUGUAUUGCCAUCUGGUGUUCUGCCGUUUUUUUCACCUGGCUGGAGGCAGCGCUGGUCCUGCUCCAGCUGGUCUUGAACGGACAAUCCGCUCAGCGCUGGGCGCAACUUUCCCGGAGUCCACCGACUUUGAACCAGUGCUUCAAACAAAGUGGCGGGUGACUGGGCAAACUCCUGUGCCCUUUUCCGCCGAGGACAGGACCUCGUCCUCAACGGUGGGAGGAGAUUCUCCAGGAUCAUAGCAGCGUGCUGGAGGCCUAGAUCGACCCACUUGGACAUGACUCUCUAUGGUACCCUUGGGCCCAACCCUCCUAGAAGAGCAGGCGACGGAUUGCCAACAGCCACCAUGCUCUUUUCUAGCAGACUUUUAACAAGGAAGCAGGUUCAACUGAGGCCACGGUAUGUAUAGGUAGUGAGGAUGUUGUGGGGGGCCUCCCCUGCCCCAUUUUGAACCGCCUUGCAAGAGAAAGAAGUCUUUGCCUUUGCCAUACAAAGCAUCACUUCCUGCCUCGGAGUGCUGCUCUGCUCCUCAGAAGGGACCCUUGUCCUGCACCCUUGUCUGCUUUCUUACAUCCCGAGGCCAGGGUGCAUGGGUGGCAGAAGGGAGGAUUGCCCCAGCCUUGCACGCAAGCAACCUUCCCCCUCCUGUGACCCAGGAAUGGUUCUUGGCAGUUGGCUGGCAGUGAGAAGUGGAUGGCUCCGCUGCUGAGGGUCCGGCGCUGCCAUUGUUCAGAAGCCUCCAAAGGCUUUCAGGAAAGUGGGGAUUAGGAAACAGCAUGGUCUGAAUUUGCCACGUGAUGGUGUAGUAGGGGGACAGUGUCUUGUUCAAGCUUUGUGGUCUCUUUUGUGUGUUUGUGUGCAUAUCGAUGUCUUCAGGAAGCUGGGAGGAGCUGGUCUGUGUCACAAUCGUCUUAAAGAAUGUACGCAUGUCGUAUUAAAAAAAAAGGGGGGGGGAACUAUUGGAAUAAAAGAAAAAAAGGGAAAUGCC